AUCACAAGACUAGGGCUGGCUCUGCCCCUCCUCAAAGCACUCAGCCCAGGCAACUGCCUUAUUCAGAUCUCUGCACAUUCUACACCGAUGGAGGCUCCGAUGAGGGUAGUUGUGCUGUGCAUCCUGGCCCUGGGGGUCCUGGCAUCAGCGCAGGCGGAUGACCAACCUCAAGUGGAAACACGGUACGGCAAACUGCGGGGGAAGACCACGUCUGCAAAGGGAACAGACAGGACUGUCCACACCUUCUAUGGAGUCCCCUUCGCCAAACCUCCAGUUGGUUCAUUGAGAUUUGCCGCCCCAGAACCCCCCACAGCAUGGAGCUCAGUGAGGGAGGCCUCAGACUAUGCUCCAAUAUGUCUGCAGAAUGUUGACAUGAUGGAGAUGAUGGCAAAGACGUUUAAAGCAAAGCUCAUCAUACCUCCAACGUCUGAGGACUGCCUAUAUCUGGACAUCUUCACCCCAGCAGAUCGAGUGAAGGAGAAGAUGCUGCCUGUCAUGGUGUUCAUACACGGAGGAGCUCUGAUAAUGGGGGGAUCCAUGAUGUUUGAGGGUUCUGUAUUAAGCGCCUAUGAAAACGUUGUAGUUGUAUCCAUCCAGUACCGGCUGGGGCUGCUCGGCUUCAUGAGCACUGGAGAUGAUAAAGCUCCUGGGAACUAUGGCUUCUUGGACCAGGUUCAAGCUCUUCGGUGGGUUCAGGAGAACAUUGCAGAUUUCGGAGGUGACCCCAACUCUGUGACUAUAUUUGGGGAGUCUGCGGGGGGACUCAGCGUCUCUGCACUGGUGGCGUCUCCCUUGGCAAAGGGCUUAUUCCACAGAGCUAUUGCCGAGAGUGGGGUAGCCAUAAUGCCGGGUUUGGUGGCCACGUCUACUGAAGAAGUUGUGUUCAUCAGAAAUAUUGUGGCCAAUAUGUCGGGCUGCGGUGUGGACACACUGUUGGACUGUCUGAAGGUGAAGUCUGAGGAGGAGAUCCUGUCUAUCGGAGCUUCUAUGCACUUCAUGCCUCUGCCUGCGAGCAUCGAUGGGGCGUUCUUCCCUAAACCUGUGGAACAGAUUCUGGCUGAUAAAGAGGUGAACCCUGUGCCAUUUAUGACUGGAGUCAAUAACCAGGAGUUUGGAUGGAACGCGCUGUCGUCUAUGAACAUCACAGGAAUAAGAGAAGGAAUAGAGCGAGAAAUGGUGCCCGAAAUCCUGAAGAGCUUCCCAAUUAUGGGCAUAUUCUCUGGCGCCAUCAGUCUCCUGCUAGACGAGUAUGUCGGAAAUGAGACUGACCCUGCUGAAAUCCGGAACCGCUUCGUAGAUCUGGUCGGAGACCUCGUCUUUGUCAUCCCGGCGCUGAGAGCGGCAAAAUAUCACAGAGAUUCUGGCCAUCCCACCUACUUCUACGAGUUCCAGCACCGUCCAUCUUUUUUUGCAGACUCUAAGCCGGAUUUUGUGAAGGCCGAACACGGGGAAGAGCUGUUCUUUAUGAUGGGAGGUCCAUUUUUGAAGGGCGACAUUUUGUUCACAGAAGCCUUCACAAAGGAAGAGGAGGAUCUGAGCAGGACCUUCAUGAGAUACUGGGCCAACUUUGCCCGCACUGGUGAUCCCAAUGGGCCGGGCCUGGUCCACUGGCCACAGUACGACCACGAUGAAGACUUCCUGGAGAUUGACCUGGAGCAGAAAGCUUCCAAGCAACUGAAGGCUGCAAAGUACGAAUUCUGGACCAAAGACCUUCCUCAAAAGAUGGUGGAGGAAAAGGCAGAGCGCACAGAGCUGUAAACGUCUCCAAAGACCACAUCCGGGAGGAAGGACUGUGCCCUGAUAUGUCCCCACAAACCACGGGUGCGGCAGUAAGGGGGUCACCCCUCACCUCCAAUGUUUAUUUUCUAAGAGAACAACCAUUUGGGCAGAAGUCCACGAUGAGGACACUGACUCCUAUACCAAAGCCAGCUGUAAGACCGCCCUGCUGACAGAUCUUACGUGUCAGCCACAUGCGCCCCCACAGAGGGUACAGAGCACCUUCUGAACCCCAAUAUAUAGAAUGAAUGGACGUUACUUAUACUAACUCACAACAGUCAGCAAGCUGGCAAACAGAAAUCUCCUAACAACUUGGCUGAAUUCCUGUAAUGCAGGGGGGCACAGAGCCAGCUGAAAAGAUCACACUGAACCAGAAGGGAAUGCAGUGAGAUUUCAGCUCUGAGGCUCCAGAUUAGAGGGUGCAGCUCUGGAGUAUAAUUGCUGGGGUUAUUGUACAUUACUCUCUAUAAAUUGUGUAAUGUGGAGAGCAGGGACGCUGCUGUUCUGCACAGCUAGAUCUGUCUAUGCUGGGAGUUGUAGUCUCACAGCAGCCGACCACCAUUGUACCAGCGACUGAUCUUCUGAUUUGCCAUUAAAUUAAGGUCCGUAUUUUCC